UGAGGUCACAAUGGUCAUGUUGCGCUUAUGGGCUUUUGUCUGUGGGUUCUGCUGCCUUCUUGAACUGAGCAACAGCAGACCAUAUGGUGUCAACAGAGUUAAGCGUAAUGAAGUACCUGCAAGCUGGUCAAAAUGUGGUACGGAUGAUUCCUUUGUGGUCACCGAACUCAUCUUACCAAGUGUGAUAAACAUCCCUGGACCUGUCACGUUUUCUCUCAAGGGACAUGUUAAAGAAGAAAUAAACGCCCCAAUUCAGAGUCAACUGGAGGUGAUGAAAAAAGUUUUUGGAUUCUGGAUUACAAUACCCUGCAAGAAUAAAAUUGGGAGCUGCUUCUAUAACGACUUAUGUGCUGAGCUUCAUCAUUUUACUGCCAAGACAUGUCAUUUUAAACAGGGUGAAGUCAGCAUUCAAAAUGCCACCAUUAAGAUACCAAAACCAAGCAUUCCUCGCGUCAUGUAUGCUGGAGAUUAUAAAAUUACUAUCAAGUUAAUGAGUGGAAAGCAGCAUGUUACUUGCUUGACCAUGAAAUUUUCUUUAAAGUAACAGGGCAAUUCCUCUGUCUGGAUUUUGGGAAAGUGAUAAUCAGUAAAGCUAGUAGUUUCAUGUUCCUGCUAAAU